CAGCCUCCUGCUUCUUGUGCCGAUCGUUGUGUGCACGGCUGAAGGGUGUGAGGGUGAGGCGUAAGGAUUUAUGACAGGACGGAGGGAAGGAGGAAAGGAGGAAAGGAGGGGAGGAGGAGGAGGUUGUGACAGCAGGAGGUGUUGAAGGGUGGAUUAUCGCUGCUGCAGAAAAACAUCAGAGUCAUCGUUUCCUCUGAGUUCCGGCCAUCAGGAAGCUCCAUCACUCCAUCUGGGAGCAGAGGGAGGACUGAGGGAAGGACUGAAGGAAGGAUGGAGGGAGUGUGAGUCCUCGCUGGUCCUCAGAUCUGUGAGUCAUGACCUCUCAGGAAGAGGCUUCUUCCUUUAGAAGAUUCUUUCAGUACGUCGAGGACAGCGGUCUUCGAACAUACGAUGGUCUGGUGAUCCAAAACGCUUCUGACAUCGCCAGGGAGAGCGACCGCAUACGGAACCAAACCAAUUGGAACUAUCUUCAGGAAAAACACCAGAAGAAAAGGAGGCAGGAAGAGGCAAUAAAGAGGAUUGGGGAAGAUGUCACCAUGGCUGCAGAUGGGGCAUACUCUGGGAAACAUUUCAGAAUGGGCUUCAUGACAAUGCCGGCACCACAGGAUCGACUGCCUACAACUACGCAAGGCUUCACUGUUCGAUCCCAGUCUCUUCACUCAGUGGGCGGGGGAGAGGAAGAUUCCAACCACAGUCGCAAACAACCCCCCCCUAAACCCAGGCGAGACCCUACGACCAAACUGAGCAGCAGCUCUGAGGCUGUAGAUGGAGUCUCUGGUUUCAUAAAGAGAGAUUAUCAAGAAACAAAGGAUGGUGCAGAACCGUCAGAAGCUCGAUACUAUCAACACACUGAAGAAUGCAAAAAGAUGCCUCCCCCCAAACCCAAAAGAGAUCCCAACACUCAGCUGAGCUCGUCUUUUGAUGAAUCCUACAUCCGUAACCAUUGCAGCAAGAAGUCUUCCCUACAAGGUGACAAAUCCUCAUCUCAGAGUCAGAGUCCCGCAUCCAGAGACACAGACGAUGAGGAGCCAGUUUAUAUUGAAAUGGUUGGAAACAUCCUGCGUGAGCUGAAAAGUCAGGAAGCUCUUGACGAUGAGCAGAGUGAGUCUGUGUAUGAGGAGAUGAAGUACCCGAUGCUGGAAGACUUUCUGCAGGAUGUGCAGUCCACCAUCCUGGACAGUGAGGCGUGGGCCUCCCGGGGCUCAUUCUGUGACAUUCCCCCACCCUUCCCCAACCUCCUAACUCACCGUCCACCUCUGCUUGUCUUUCCACCUGCCCCGGCUCAAUGCUCCCCUAACUCUGACGAGUCCCCUCUCACGCCCCUUGACGUAACUCGUCUACCUAUGUUAGAAAAUGUUAACGUGAGUAAAUCAGGGGGUGCAGAGCAGCCAGGGAGCUCCAGUCACCACCGCAAAGACCGGGACAGGGAUAGGGACAAGGAUAGGGACCGGGAAGUGCCCCACACACACACAAUCACAUCCUCUGGUCGGUCAUCAGCCCCUCCUCUUCCCUCCAGCUUUUACAAGUCAUCUAGCUCUGCCCACAGUGGUCAUGGUUACCCCCGCAGCCAAUCAGCGUGUCCCUCUCCGGUCAGCAUGGGACGCUCUUUGACUCCUCUCAGUUUGAAGAGGCCACCACCUUACGAUACUCUGAUAGCAGGAGGAAGCAUGCCCCGCUCCUCUUCGUCAUCAUCAUCAUCCUCACAGAGGGCAGGAGAGGGCGGGGCUAAACUCAGUAACUCCUCCUCCGCCCAUGGCUCCAUGCAUAACGUCUCCGGGAGGUCACAGACUCCAACGAGUCCACUGGAUGAACUAAACAACCUGUUUGCAUCAGGCAGACAAGUGAAGAAGAGAGGCUCAGGAGGAAGGAAGAGCCGAGAGGGUGAAGGAGACUCCAAGUCUCUGCCAAGACAUGACAGCAAAGACAGAGAUGGACAAUCAAGUCCUGUGUCCAGCAGGUUGGGGAGGUCAUCCGUGAGCCCCACCAUGAUGCUUUCAGGGGGAGGAGAAUCAAAGACCGUAGGAAAACUGGGCCGAUCUGCAUCAACAUCAGGGGUUCCUUCUCCAGGAACUCCACAACGCCACCUCCAUGAGUCCCACCAUCCUGCCCUCAGCCAGAUGCCGUGGCUCUGUGGUGACGCCACUAUGAUGGAGAUGAUUGAGAAAAAGAGAGUUUUGUGUCGAGAGAUCAAAGCUCGCCAACGGCCAGAGAAGAACCUGUGCAAACAGGACAGCAUGCCCAACCUGCCCACCUGGAGGAGGAAGCAGCCGCCGCCAUACUCAGCCCCGCCCAAUGCAGCCGGACACACCACCACCGUGUUCUGGGACACCGCCAUCUGAGACCAAUGAGACACCAAUAGGGUUAUCCCGAACUACGUUUUCCACUGACUCGGAGAAAUCAGGAUGAUCAUGAUCAUGACAAUGAUAAUCAUGAUCAUCAUCAUCAUCAUCAUCAUCAUCAUUAUGAAAGUUAUGAUAACGACUUUUAUGUUGGUCAUAAUGGUGAUAAUGAUAAAGAUGAUAAUGAUGCGAUAAUAACACUGUUGAUAAAGGUGACAAUGAUGUUGACUGAUGCAGAUGAUGAUGGUGGAUGUGAUGAAGAUGGUGUCAUUACUGAUGAUGAUGAUGAUGAAGAAGCUGUUCUGAGGGAUUAUGCAAAUAAGGUGAUGAUGAUCCUCAUCAUCAUGAAGAUGACAGUUAGGACAAGGACUUUUAUGUUGGUCAUAAUGGUGAUGAAAAUUUUGAUAAUGAUGCGAUAAUAACAAUUAUUAAUGUGCUAGAGUUGAUGAAGGUUACACUGAUUAUAAUGUGGAGGAGGUGAGGAAGAUGGUGAUAUUACUGAUAAUGACGCUGUCUUUGGGAUUAUGCAAAUGAUGAGGAUGUAAUGAUGAUGAUGAUAAUGAUGUACCAUCGUCAGUUUCGACCAACCUCUGAGAGCUUUAAGGUGAUCCAAACCCGAUUAUUUGUUGACGAGUCAAACUCUCCAGUCGCGUCGUUCCUUCAACACAGUCGUUGGAUUCGGUUCUGUUUGCACCUGAAGAUUCAUCUGUUCAACGCUCCUCUUCCUCCCAUGUGACAGUUUGAGUUGUUGAUCAGAGCUUUUCAGCUAAACAUCGUUAUUGUUCCACAGGUUAGAAUAAAUGGUGUCUGUUAGUAAAGGAGCAUCGAUCCGCCCCAAACAAACACACCCAGCUUCAUUUUGUCUGUAUUAGUGAAAACCUUCACCACAAAGAUGCAGUAUGAGGAACGGCCCCUGGUUCAGAUCAGGGGGCGGUCCACACGGUUCUCAGUCUUUAGACAGCCUUUCAGACAGGUUUAGCCUCCUUAAUCAAUGGUUCCCACCCGCAUGUAUGAUGACAUCAUCCUACGCUCCAAUCAGAGAGGAGGGCGUGGCUGUUCAGGUGUAGCAAAGUUUUCUGUCGUCUUUCUAGUUCAUAUUUUUUUAUCUGUAAAAGAUUCAGAUGUUUUUUAAAGUCUGACGGUCGUGUAGCAGAAAAUCUAAACCCCUCUAUGUUUGAAAAGAAUAAUAAGCACAUCGCUGUGAUGUGUUUUUAUAUUUCUGAGAGAAAAGAUGGUGACGUCUGUGUGUGGAGUGUAGUUGGAAUGUGAACAUGUUUUUAUAUUGGAAUAUUUUAAACUGAGAAUAUUUUUGCCAGGCUGUUUGUUGGUUUGUGCUUGUUUGCAGCUUGUGAAUUUUUCAUUCCAGCCUGACUCUAGUUUGUUUUCAGCUUCCCGGCGCUAUGAGUCCAGCAAGACUCGGGUUUAAAACUCCAGCUUGAUUAAAAUUAAACAUCAGCUUUUAAAAA